AUGAUCUCCCCCUCGUCGACACUAUCCCACGGUCACCGUCGCCAAAUAUCAACUCCCGGUUUCGAAGCCACUCGACCCGCAAUGGCCAAUAUGCCUACGCGCCGAACACAUCGUCGUGGUCAGACUGUGGACUACGGUUCCUUUAGUCCACAGCACACAAUUGACCGACGAAGUGCGGCAAGCAAGGUCUCUCAACUUCGGGACUACUUUAACGAAAAAUCAGGUUUCUCACGACAGGCUAUGGCUGUACAGCAGUUUAUGUCUACUUCACAACAUGACCAGCAGCGCUUUAUUCCAACGGGCCUCCCAAUGGUGCAAGAUGAGCAAUAUCAAGGCGCAUAUAUGUGGGGCCCGGAGGAGCUGCAGGAUAUGUAUACCGCUGCUAGUAGCCCGGCUGCUUUCCCUUCUCACAUUGCGCCUGCUCUUGCACGAUCGGCCAGUGACAACGCAGACCAAAAUCCUCAUGUCCGAGAGCAGAAGCGCUGGGAAUCAUUUAGCCAACAACCCAAUGGCUACGUCCGACCUAUGCAGCAGCUUUCUGUUCAACCAGAAGCUAUUACUCCCAAGAUCAACCCUUAUCUUUCUUACACUUCCCCUCUUACCCCUGAUGCUACCCCUAUGAAGAAUUCUUUUGAUUUGUCUAUGUACACGAAUGGCCAAACACCUACUAAAUCCCAGAGCUUUUCAUUUCCCCGCACCCCCAUUACCGCUGAGAUGCAGAGGGCGCACUCCCUUCAGGGAAUUCCUGCGUCAAGUCCUAUGCCCAUGACACACCAGAUGCCAUCACCUGCUACAUCCGUCGCUGAUUUCGCUGAACUCGCCGCUAUGCCAUCGCCUGGAUCGUGUGGAGUGUCUCCCCUCAAGGGUAGUAUGCAAUCAACGCCUUCCGGCAGGCGCGAAGAGCGCGAGCUGUCUCCCGCUUCAUCAAGUGGCAAGUCCAUGCAUGAUAUGCACGCCGAGACAGUAGAUGAGUUUGAUCUCGACGCCCGAGUGAAGGCCUCACUCAAGGAGAGCUCCGUGUCCAGUGAUGAAAUCGCCCAGUACAUUUCCGGUCCCGAUCCAAAAGAUAACAAGUGGGUCUGCAUUUUCCGUGAUUGCCGUUGCCGAUUCGGUCGCAAGGAAAACAUCAAAUCACAUGUUCAGACCCACCUCAAUGAUCGUCAGUAUGUCUGCGACCAGUGUGGAAAGGACUUUGUUCGUGGCCAUGACCUCAAGCGUCACUUGAAGACCCACUCCGGAAAGAAACCUUUUGCCUGUGCCUGUGGUGCCAGCUUCGCCCGUCAAGAUGCCUUAACUCGCCACCGCCAACGUGAUAUGUGCGUUGGAGGUUUCACUGGAUUCGUCCCGAAAACGACCAAGCGUGGCCGUCCCCCAAAGAAGAGCCGUCCCGAUAUCGAAUCUCGCCAGAACAAGUCUACUCGUACCCGCCAACGUGUCGCCGAAAAAGCCAUUUCAAUGUCCCCCGUCAAAAUGGAGUCAGCAAUGUUUCACAAUGGACUUGUGUUCAACUCACCUGAUUAUGCUCCCUCUACUUGUAUGUCAUCCUUUACGCCGCCGACUUCACCAGGAGGUACUUUCAAUCACCAAUCUCCUGAUCAAUCAGGCCUCUCAAUGAGCUGUCAGAAACUUGAAGAUGACAUGCUACCAUUGCCACUAUCGCCCCCUCAGAUGGCCCACAACCGAUAUGCUCGUGCUAUGGAACAAUUUGAGGGCCAUAGCUCCGCUGAGUCUUCUCAAGACUGCCUUUACAACGAGCGUGCUCUUUCACCUUAUGACAUGUCUUCCCCGCACACUGCUCCCACCCUCGCCGAGUCCUCAGUGGGCUCUGAAAUUGAUGUGUUCAUUUCUCAAGAUGCUACAGAUCAGUUGCGAGAGGAGUUCGACUUCAUGUCUUCGCAGAGCUCAAAUCUCCCAAGUAGCUUUGCCUAUGUGGACACUGCUGACUUUGGCAUCACAUCCUCUAUCUACUCUGAUGCCCCUGGGAAGACAAUUUCUGGUCUGAGUACUCUGGAAAUGGAUUCAUACGCUGAUCACAUUGACUCACUCUCCAGUGAGUUCCUUGUCGAUCCUUAA